GGAAGCGUCUGAGGCGGCGCAGGCAGCCGCGGCCUCCAUGUUGGCGGGGCCGGCGCGGCGCUGACGGGGCCGCUACGGCCGGAACCUGUGAUCCGCGGCGCCAGAUUAUAUUUCUCAAAUAGAGAUGAAGAACAAAAAGCAAUACGUUCCAGAUGUUGAGGGUCAAAAACACGAAGACAUGGAAGGUGAAGAAAAAGAAGACAGCUGUUCCUGUUCUGCUGGCUUGUUACAUGAUGAAGCUGACAGGUGCCCGAUCUGUCUAAAUUGUCUUCUAGAACAGGAAGUUGGUUUUCCAGAAAACUGCAGUCACAUCUUCUGCAUGACCUGUAUUCUCAAAUGGGCAGAGAUCAUGGCUUUGUGUCCUAUUGACCGCAAACCUUUUCAAGCAGUAUGUAUGUUUGAUUCAUUAAAAGACUGUAUAAAGGUUCAGGUGAGGCAACUAAGGGAGAAAGAAGAGAAAGAGAACUGCUGCUGCAGUAAGGGAAAAUGUUGCCAUAUCAAUAUAAAAGGCUUUAAGAGAAAAGAUGGACAGUUAGAAAAAGGACCAUUAAUAGCAAAAUUGUGUAAAGAUGUGGGAAAAAACCGCAGUGAUAUUUCCACUGAUGACAGAAAAAAGAAGACUGCAUCUGCGAAGAUAAACAAGCCCAGAAGACAGACCUGCUCAAGUGAGCAUUUCAGAAAUCAUUUCUACAAUAAAAUUCCGUCCAGUAUUCGCACUGGAGAAUCUUUUUCUGGUUAUAGAAGUUACUGUACAGAACUUACAGAAAUUAAUGCAAUGAUAAGGCAGAAGAGACAAGAAAUAGAAUUGUUAUGGUCUUCUGUGCGAGCUAGAGUUGAAAGCAUUCCCUUCAUGUCUUGUGAAGCUGAAGCUGAAAUAGAAACUUUUCUCCUUGCUUCAACAUCAAUGCCAGGAACCGUUCUCCCAACAAAUAGCCGACCUUUGGAAAACUUUGAAUCCUCAGGUAAAGGGUAUGCUGUUGCACAUACACAAGGAGGAGAAGAGAAAAAGCAAGCUUCCGGCACAUCUGGCACUAGAGGAACUAGGAAGAAGCCUACAAAUACUACUCCAAGAAGAAGAUCUGCAAGGAAUAGCAAGAAUGAGGCUAUGAGUCAAUCUCGAAGUUCACCGAGAUCAAGUAAUUCUAGAUGGAGUGCCCCUGAUGAUGAUGACUCGUCUCUGAAAGUUUCUCCUGCAGCAGCAGAAGAAAAACCACUUCCAAAACGAAAAUCUAAAAGAGGAGUUAAACAGCAGGCACCUGUAGUUAAAAAAAAACUUAGAAGUUCUGUACGCACAGAAAAAUCAUCUAGUGAUUCAGUGGAAGAUGAUGAAGCUGCUGAGUCUGAUGCAUCUCCUGUGUUGGAUCAAGAUCACCGGUCAGAUAAUGAAAGCCUUCUGCACAAAAGUAAUGCAGAAACAGAGUCUGCUAAUGGCUUGGAAAGCUGUAGUGAACAUGUAGAAAACGAGGAAAUUGCAAAAGAUUAUGCUCAAGAACAGGGUAUUUUAGAAAAUGCAGACUCAGGUUCUUGUACCCAAGAACCUCCUGCUUUACAAGAAGAGAGUCAGAAAGUUGAAAUAAAAAGUGGCGAUGAAAACAUUGCAGAUUUUGAGAAUGAGGAUGUCUGUGAAAAUACGUUUGAUACAGUGAAUACAAUGAAUAGUCCCAGAAAUGAAUUAUUGGAACAUUCAGUAACACUUAAAAAAAUAGAUCAAACAUUUAUGCCCCAGGAUGAAUUAUUGGAAAAUACAGAAACUUUGACAGAAGCAUAUCAGCCACUAGAUAGUCCCAGAGACAAACUGUUGGAGUACCCAGAAUUAGUGGAAAAUGAUAAUAAAUCAUUUGAUAGCCCAAGAAACAAACUGUCUGAUCCAACUGACUCUGUAGACUUGGAUGGUUGUGAGGGUAAAGAAAAAAAUUCAAAUGAUAAAAGUGCAACAGUUCAGAACUCACCUGUUCAAGAUGCUUUAACAGAUGUCUUAAUAACUGCUAUUCAAGAUGUUAACAAAUUGGACCAGUCCUUUAAAGAGGAGAGCAUGCCUGUAAAUGAAGAAGUCAGAAUUGGAGAAUCAUCCAAGAUAAUUAAUGAACAAUCUAAUACACAUUUUAAUGAAGAUAACAAUGAAAUUAUACCAAUGGAAUGUGAUUCAUUUUGUAGUGAUCAGGCUGAAUCUCAUAUCGAACAGUCACCAUCACUUAAUUGUGUAAAACCAGUGGAGGCAAAUGCCUUAUCUCAAGAGACUGAAAAUUGUACAUUACUUUCUGACAAAAAAGGUGAAAGUAGUUUACCUGAAACAGAGUAUCCAACAGAAUUUAAAAAAGAUAAAAAGACUCGCACCAGACGGUCUAGAUUUCACUCUCCAUCAACAACCUGGUCUCCUUCAAGGAAGGGGGGCAGGAAAUCUCAAUCUCCAUCACCCAAAAGGGAGACUAUCAAAGAAGGUGAACGGUCUCGCUCACCCAAGGAGAUCGACAGGGAGGGCAGGCGGUCUCGCUCACCCAAGAAGGAGAUCGACAGGGAGGGCAGGCGGUCUCGCUCACCCAAGAAGGAGAUCGACAGGGAGGGCAGGCGGUCUCGCUCACCCAAGAAGGAGAUCGACAGGGAGGGCAGGCGGUCUCGCUCACCCAAGAAGGAGACUGACAGGGAGGGCAGGCGGUCUCCUUCACCCAAGAAGGAGACUGACAGGGAGGGCAGGCGGUCUCAUUCACCAAAAAGGGAGACUGACAGGGAGGGCAGGUGGUCUCGUUCACCCAAAAGGGAGACUGAGUGGGAGGGCAAAAGAACACCUUCACGAUCUCCCAAAAGGGAGACUGUCAGGGAGAGCAGAAGAUCUCCUUCUCGAUCAAGAGUUAAAGAUUUCUCUCCAAGGCAAAAAUCUAGGUCUCAAAGCAAAGAUAGAGAUAAUGACAGAGAUAGCCAAAGAAGAGAACGUGACAGAGACAGAAGAAGUAGGAGAUGGUCAAGAUCCCGAUCUCGAUCCAGGUCAAGAUCCCGAUCUCGAACAAGAAAUAUGGGUCCUUCCUAUGCUAGGAAUGAGAGAGGUGGUCACUCACCUCGGUGGAAGGAGAAAUGGAGCAAUGACAGCUGGAAAAGUCCAAGGGGAAAUGAUAGGUACAAAAGAGGUGAACAAGAGAAACAAAAUGAAAAUAUGAAAAAAGAAAAGGACAAUAUAGACAAAGAUUCUAAUGACCAUUGUUUGUCUGACAAGUAUGGGAACGAUUAUCCAGACUGGGUAAUGGAAAGAAUAAAUUCUGUUCCUGAAACUAGGAGCAGAGAGAGAGAAACUUUUAAAGAUCCACAGUGGGAAGACAACAGAUGUGAUAAUUCAGGAUAUUCUUGGAAUAAAAAUUUUGGUUCAGGUUGGAUUUCAAAUCGUGGCAGAGGUGGCCGAGGCAGAGGUGGCCGAGGCAGAGGUGGUUUCAUGUAUGGAGACCGAAACGAAAAUCAUUGGCAAAAUAGAAAACCCCUCUCAGGGAAUUCAAAUGGUUCUGGGAAUGAAACUGUCAGGUUCCCAGAACAUCAACCAUACAGGCGUAAAAACGAACAGGAUUUUUCUUUUGAUACGCCUGCUGAUAGAUCUGGGUGGACAUCUGCAUCUAGUUGGGCUGUAAGGAAGACUUUACCUGCGGACGUGCAGAACUAUUAUUCAAGAAGAGGACGAAGUUCCUCCAGUCCACAGUCUGGAUGGAUGAGGCAGGAAGAAGAGACUUCUGAGCAAGAUCCAAACCUCAAAGACCAAACAAACCAACAAGGGGAAGGGUCUCAGCUACCAGUAAAUAUGAUGCAGCAACAAAUGAAUGUCAUGCCACAAGUGAAUGCACAACACCAGCCUAUGAAUAUCUUCCCAUAUCCAGUCAGUGUUCCUCCACCUAUGAUGAAUAUCCAACACAAUCCAUUUAAUAUUCGUCCUCCAAUACCAUUGCAUCUCCAUGCAGGAGUGCCUCUCAUACAGGUAGCUCCGCCUACCAGUGUAACUCAGGGAUUACCACCACCUCCACCUCCUCCUCCACCAUCCCAGCAAGUCAACUAUAUUGCUUCGCAGCAAGAUGGAAAACAAUUGCAGGGUAUGCCUAAUGCACCUCAUGUCAGUAAUAACAUGACUGUACCAGUGUUGCCUGCUCCAACAGCAGCCCUGGGAAAUGUGGAGACAGUUCAGGGACCAACUUCUGGUAACGCAACUUCAUCAAGUCACAUAAAAAAUUCUAAUGCUGCUGUAAAAGUGGGAGAAAGCAAAGGAAGUGUACCUGUGGAAGCCAGCGCAGACAGCUCGAAGAAAGACCAGAAAUUGUUAAUUCAGGAAAAAGCAGCGCAAGAGGUCAAACUGGCAAUUAAACCUUUCUACCAGAAUAAAGAUAUUAGCAAGGAAGAAUAUAAAGAGAUUGUGCGGAAGGCAGUAGAUAAAGUUUGUCACAGCAAGAGUGGAGAAGUCAACUCGACAAAAGUAGCAAAUCUGGUGAAAGCAUAUGUAGACAAAUACAAACAUUCACGGAAGAAAAAUCCAGAGGAGGCAUUCUCUGCGGAAAGAAAAUAAGAGUAAAACGAAAAACCUGAAAACAUGCUCUAUCUGCAAAGUGCAAUUUCAACAAGAACCAUUAACUGAAAAUUGUUCAUGACUAUGAUUGGAAUCUGGUUUUGAUAAAAUUAUUUUUCAAUGUAGUAUAUAAUGUUUUGUUCUAAAUAAAUAUAGAUUUAAGCUGCAACUUCUUUAUCCCUUUUCAAAAUAGAUGCCUAAAAGAAAGUAAAAGGUAUAAAGGAGAAUGCAUUUUUAUUAGGAAUGUAUGAUUGUGUGGAUACUAGAUGUACAGCAAUUUCACUUGAAUAAUGGAGUGCAUAAAAUUAGAAAUCUUGUCUAAGUACAUUGGUUUUUGGAACAGGUAUGUACAGUACAUGUAAUCAGUCAGAUUAAAGAUAUUAAAGUAAGAUUUUUUUUGAUUUCUCCCUAAUUAUAGUAAAGAUAAAAUAAUGUAUUGCCUUGACAAAUAUUUCUAGUGUUAACUGGAGAGACUGAAUGCAGGGGUCACAAUGUGUAUGUAAAAAGCACAUGGCUGUGUCUGAACAGAAGAACCGUUUAGAUGAAAAGAGAACAAAUUCACCAUCCGUCAGUAAGAUUUGGUGCCCAGAACCAUGGGCGCUCUUGUUAACACCAAAUAAAGAUUAUGCUGCUUGGUUUUGUUUUGUGACUUUUUUCAAUUUUUGUUUUGAGAUAGUGGGCUGCAUUUGAGUAACUUAUGGAAAAGAACUCAAGGCCUCUAGUCACAAAAGCUCCUGUCUGGAAGAUAAGAUGCCACUUAAUAUCACAUUGUAAUUGAGGCAGUGAUUAUAGUGAUGCUCCACUGUAUUUCAAAUUCUAAUGAAGAAUAUCUGAUAAAUGAGAAUGUGAUCAGUAAACUUUAUUUUUUACACUGAAAUACUUAAGAAUUUAUCAGAAAAUAUGCAGCUGAUUUAAAAAUUGUGUUAACUUUAACAUACAUUGCCUUAAUACAUAGAUUAUCCUUCUCUAUUUUUCCAGAAAAUCAACAAGGUCUACCUUAAUAUGAGUGCAUGAGAGAGCAUGUGCUUUAACUUUUGUGGACUUUUUUUUUGUUAAGAUUAGUAUUAAAGCUGUAUUUCUAUUUAUUGAAAUUGCUUGCAUUUAACCCCUGGGUACUGGGAUUUCCCAACAUGCACUAAAGUAAGUACAUAGUGGUGGGAAAUUCUGGACCCAGCUGAUACCUCAAGGACAAAUUCAUUUGAUCUAAAUUGCCUUGAGAAGAAUUAUGACUGUCUAGAUUUUGCAGACUGUAUGCAAAGCAGAAGGGGUUUUCCUACAUCCUUGCAGCGCUACACUGUGCAUGCUGCUUGAAUAUCUCAUUCUAAAUAUGUAUCUUCAGGAACACAGUGGCUGCCCCAGGUCCAUGCUGUGAUAUUUGUAGCAUAUGGCUGGAGUGCUGUCUGCUGAACUAAUAUUCUCAAACUAGUUUUAUGUAGUGCUUAACAUUUUCUAAUAAAUUCUUUUGACUAAG